CACACACACACACUGUCUCGAGAGAGGGUAGCACCGGGUGGUACACACAGCCUGGAAGUCAGCGCGCGCUGUCUCGCAGCCCCGCCAGGCCGUGCCGCAUCACCAGCAACAACAGCAGCAGCAGCCGCCGCCGGCAGUACGACUGGGGGCUGGCGUAGCGUCAAGCGCGCUCUCUCGCCACUCUGCUCGUGCUCGGGGUCUGUACGGCGCGGCGCACGCACUCCUCUCACUCACACACACACACGUGGGCCGACCACACGGCCUGUUGACAUCGCUCUGCCGAUACCAGUUUGCUGUGAAUGCCACACACGAGCUGGGGUGCCCUUGUCUGUACCUGCAGUUGCCGCUGCACUUGUGUUCUCCUGGUACCUGUUGUUGCCAGCAACAACUGCCACAACGUCGCCGACCAACUCUUCUUCGCAUCAAUCGUCGUCUGUGUUCACACCCGAAGAAAACAAGUUUUGGCCCCGGACAUGAAGAGUGUUUUGUGGUGAGACAUGCCGAGGACGUUUUGUUGUUUUUAAAGUGAAGUAAUUUAACAACUUUGGGUAAAAGUUUUUUCUUUUUUUUUGUUUUUGUUUUUUGACGGACGCGGAAUGUCCCAAGGCGGAGGGAAACAGGCCCAGGUGUCUCGUCUUCUGCCUCGUCUGAAAUGCUGAAUGCGACUCGAGGGAGUGUUUAAAAUCAGGCGCAGCAUGCUGAUGCACGUGCGAUGACCGCCGUGGAAUACUGGAACCGCGGUAACGCAAGCGGCACGUAAGACGACGAGGAGGGCAGAACUUUCUCCUCUUUCCCCAUUCCCCAUUCCCCGGCAUCGCGUGGCACUCGUGUUCUUUUGUAAUGCUCCCAGCCUCCCCCUCCUCUACUCACCCACCACCUCCUCCUCCUCCUUGGGGCAGGCGUGGGUAUGGAAGUGAGUGAGUGAGUCGCAGCCGCCACAGCAGCCUGGUGUUCUCCCCGUGCGCCUCCGCCACCUCACUCCGGCUCUCGAGAGGAGAAUAGCAUGAACGCCGCAUCCUCCAGGGGUGUCGGGAGUCUCUCUCUGGCGCGCGCCCACAGCCCGCUCCCUCCCUCCCACCUACCACAACUGGAGUGAAGCCAGCGGCAGCAGAAAGGCAGAGAUGAAGAACCAUCCUCUCCUUUUGAUAUGUUGGCCAAGUAUAUGAUCUGGACUGGAAGCGACUUAUUAACGGACUGCAGUGUUGUCAGUCACAGACGGCUGGCGGUCACAGCUACAUGUGAGUCCACAAGGGAGUGAAACGCUGUCAGAUUCUCCACACGAGUUGCUUUCCCUGCAAGGAAGUGAAUUCAAAGACAUGUAAAUUAGACUAGGUCGGCCAGAAGAGGAGAGACAGAGAGAGAGAAGAAAAAAAAUCCAAACAAACGAACCCGCAAGCGAGAUGAUCACAGAUACAAGUUAUUUUUCUCUUUUUCUCAUCCAGUGAUUAACAUGUUGACUGAUUCUUGUGGAAGCUUGUGGAUUCUGGUGUAGAGACGGAGAGAAACCAUUGACUUUUUUUCUCUCUUCUCUGCAGACGCCGUAUUUUGACCGCGGGUGAACGAGUGAGUGGACUUACCGGAGUUGCCACUCCCCUCCCCUUCCUUCUUGUGACAUGGACGUGUGAUGGAGUUUGUGUGAUUCCGACCAGAACUGUGGAUUUCAUUUCUUUCAGACAAUGACGCCAUCCAGAAUGCUGUGAGACGUGUGGCCACAUAAUGGAUUCGAACCUCAGCAACAAAGCCAAGGCUGGCACUCGUGCGCAGCGCAAGACUCGAACAAAGAACCGCGGCAGUCAGACCUGCAGCUCCUCCGAUGACGACUUCCACUCUGACGACAACCUCCGACCUUACGAAGAGGUCAAGGUGGCCUACCACGACAAGAAGCUGACAGGUCUGGGCCUGACGCCCGAUGAGCAUGCGGUGUCGCCCCUCGUGCCGAGCAGUGCCGUGGGUCCGCCCUUACCCCCCGGACCCUCUUCCUCCGCAUCCAUCUCCACCCGCGCUUGCCUGGCCUAUAGCUACGGCUCCGACGACGAGGGCGACACCCUCGCCGCCCGCAGCGCCCCUUUGCUGGCGCAGGGGAGAGCACCCAUGCAGCACGACCGCGUCGUGUACGAUCCGCCCUGGGAUCAGAAAAACUUUGAGCAGAUUAGACAUAGGCCGCCGCACGCUACCUCGGAGUCCGACGAGGACAACCGCCACGCCCAGCUGCGUUACAGCCACUCAGGGACACUGCCGAUGCCCCCGCCGACCUUUCCCCCACCGCCACCGCCACCCAUUCAAGACAUUCCACAGCGGAGCCCCGCGCCUCACCGUCAGCACUCGUUCGGACCAUCCAUGCGCGGCAACUACACCGACUCGGACUUCCGACGCCAGCAGCCCUUCUCCGACGGCGAGGUGGAGGUGGAGAACCCCUACAUGGUCCAGAACAACCCAGGCAGCGCCUUCACUACAGCAGGGGAUGUAGGACCCAGGUUUCCACGCACAGUGCCGAGGUCUGGGUCGGUGCCAUCGUGUCGUGGUCAGCCGAUGGACAUCGGCAGCCUGCACAGUCAGGGCUACAACUCCGACACCUACCCCUACCACUGCCCCAACGAGGCCAACCACGCCGCCAUGCUGGCCAGCAGCGUCGACAGACAAGGGUCGAACUACGCGCAGUUCGGACUGCCCAGCAUGCCCCCAGGCUCGUACCCGCCGUCGAACGACUACACCUACUACUCCAAGUUCAGCACGGCCAGCCAGCGCAUGAAGAAGCAGCUGAGUCAGCGCUGCACGUGGAAGUGCACGGCCCUGCUGCUGCUCAUCAUGUGCGUGGCCCUGCUUGCCUGCUCCGUCUACUUCGCCGCCAUGUCCAUGUUCGAGGAGGGUAAGGUGGCCAAGGCGGACAUCGCACAAGAAAAUCAUGGAUUGAGCAGAGGUUCGGACUCGUCCAGCAAUUCUCGCCAGCCCACCUUUAAACCUGGUCAAGGUGCAAAUCUUCCAGUUCCUCAGACAACACCCAUUCCACAAGACAUUGACACUGGGCGUCUAAUCGAGACGACUAUCCCCCCGAAAUCGUUCUGGCAGAACCGUUUGGAACAAGAAAAUGGCGGCUUUGUAAAGCUGAAUUUCUCUAUGUCCGGCGAGGCCAUUCUUGGGGUCUACGGACGCCAGAGCACCCCUCCCACUCACAUACAGUUCGACUUCUUCAAAGUCCUCGACGGCAGCCGACUUGGGGAAGCGGUCAAAACGAGCGGCGGUGAGUCGCGGAUGUACCUCUCCAAACUGUGCUCUCGAGUUAUUGGACAAGGCUACGGAAACGAUUUCAGUAGCAAGGAAACGGCUGUGAUGGAGUACAUGAAAGAAGGGGUGUGGUUUAUCGGGGUGUUCAACGAUGCCGACACUCCCCAGACUGUGGGUUUUAUUGCCAACCAUCACGCUGUCCGCAGUGAAUGUCCACACAACUGCAGCGGACGCGGGGACUGUGUGGAUGGCGAGUGCCAGUGCUGGGAGGGGUACCAAGGCAAAUACUGCUCUCUGGACCAGUGUCCUGUGGUGUGCAACAACCAGGGGGAGAUAGUCGAGGGCCGGUGCCGCUGCUUCCAAGGGUUCAAGGGUCCCGACUGCAGUCUUCGUGAGCACAUGUGCGUCGUGCCCAACUGCAAUGGCAACGGACAUUGCAUCAACGGACUCUGCGUCUGUUUGCAGGGCUUUCAGGGUCCUGACUGCGGAAUCGUCGACUGCCUUCUGCCUAACUGCUCUGGCAACGGGGUGUGCCUCCACGGACAGUGCCAGUGCUUUAACGGUUAUAAAGGCAGCGACUGUAGCCUCGCAGACAAAAUUAAUGUCACUCUCGUAUGCGCUAAAAACUGCUCUGGACACGGGGUGUUCGAUGUGGAUGAAGGCGCUUGCGUAUGUGAACGCCACUUCACCGGGGAUGACUGUGAGACAGAGGUGUGUCGUCUGGAGUGUGUAAACGGCCACUGCCGUAACCAGCGCUGCAUCUGCGACCGCGGGUGGACAGGGGCCCUGUGUGACCAGCUGCAGUGCGACCACCGCUGCCACGCCCACGGCUUCUGCGCCAACGGCUCCUGCAUCUGCAGCAAAGGCUGGAACGGGAAGCAUUGCACAAUCGAUGGUUGUCCUAACGAUUGUAACGCUCAUGGAGAAUGCAUACGUUAUCAAGAAACCUGGAAAUGCGAGUGCCGGAACGGCUGGAAGGGUGAGGCCUGCGACCUGGCACGCGAGACCAAGUGCGUGGACAGAGUGGACAACGACCAAGAUGGACUUCUGGACUGUUUGGACCCGGACUGCUGUGACAGCCCUGGCUGCGAAAACAGUCUCUAUUGCCGCACGGCUCCCGAACCCAACGACAUUCUGUUGAGCAAAGACGCCCCUUCCCCAACGGCGUCUUUCUUUGACCGCAUGCGCUUCCUGAUUGAGGAGAACAGUGUCCAGAUGGACGCCACCCGCAAUUCCUUCAACGAAAGCCAAGUUUCUGUGAUCCGAGGGCGAGUUCGAACCCUAGAUGGCACUCCACUGAUAGGGGUUCGUGUUGGUGUUGUCACACAACCCAUGUAUGGCUUCACACUGUCCAGAGCAGAGGGCCAGUUUGAUAUUCUGGUGAACGGUGGUGGAUCUGUGAAGCUGGAACUGAUGAGAGAUCCAUUCAAGACAGUGACAGCCAGUGUCCUGGUGCCAUGGAAUCAAAUUAUCACCAUGGAUACAGUCUACAUGGUGCUUGAUGGGCAAACACCACCCCCUACCUCCCCAAAAUCUUGCAGCGCUGAGCAUCCGCACUACAACCUGCGUCCAGUUGUUCUGUCCACCUGGCAACACACCCAGCUGGGAGCUUGUCCAGAUCAUAGCACCAUUAUACCUGAGUCUCAGGUUCUUCAGGAGAGCAUUCCUUUACCUGGUACAGAUGUGCACCUGGUGUAUCACAGCAGCGAAGCCACGGGUUACAUGUCCCUUAUCUUGAUCCAGAUGACUCCAGACACAGUCCCUCGCCUGCUACAUCUUGUGCACCUCAGAGCAGCAGUGGAAGGGGUGGUACUGGAGAAAGUAUUUGAAGCAGAUCCCAACCUCAAAUACACAUUUGCCUGGGACAGACUUAAUGCAUAUAAGCAAAAGGUCUAUGGCAUUGUGACCGCAAGAGUAUCUGUGGGUUACCAGUAUCAAGGAUGUGAUUACAUUUUUUGGGAGACACGCAGCACUACAGUUAAUGGUUAUGACCUGACAGCAUCUUACAUUGGUGGCUGGAAUCUGGAUAUUCAUCACAUGUACAAUUAUCAAGAAGGAAUUCUUCAUAAAGGAGAUGGCACCAAUAUUUAUCUGAAGGAGAAGCCCAAAACCUUGGUAAACAUUCUAGGCAAUGGGGAAAGACGAAAAUUAAACUGUGAUGACUGCAAUGGCCAAGCACAAGAUAACAGACUUCUUGCUCCUGUAGCUCUGGCCUCUGGACUUGAUGGCUCACUUUACGUGGGUGACUACAACUUCAUACGGAAACUCUCACCUGACCGUGAAGAGAUUGCAAGCAUCUUGGAAAUGAGCACAAGGUCUACUCACUACAAGUUCUACAUGACCGUCAGUCCUGUGGAUGGACGGCUGUACAUCUCAGACUACAUGAGUUACAAAAUUAUUCGUGUGAAAACAAUGGGACCUGUACGUUCACUGACUGAUAAUUCCGAGGAUGUGGCAGGCAAUGGGGAGGAGUGCACACCAGGGGAGGAAAACCUGUGUGGAGAUGGGGGACUUGCCAUCCAGGCACGCCUGCGCUACCCCAAAGGCAUUGCCAUUAGCAAGGAUGGCGUGAUCUACGUAGCUGAUGGACCCAACAUUCGACGUAUUACACCAGAUGGAAUAAUCAGCACACUGAUUGGCUCUCAGGAUCAACCACGUGACUGGACACCCAUGCCUUGUGAUGAUGUCCUCUAUGCCGAACGAGUGAGACUAAAGUGGCCGACAGCAUUGGCCAUCAACCCCCUUGACAACAGCUUGCACAUUCUAGACCACAGCAUUGUCCUGAAGCUGACAGCUGACUUCAAGCUGGUGACUGUUGCUGGACGACCCAUCUAUUGUCCCCUGCGCCCUACAAACUUUCUGCCUGAGGGAGUUUUGACUGACGACGAACAAGCAUCAAGCAUUGCGGAUCGUGUCACGCUGGUUUCACCAGAAAGCAUCACAUUUGGGCCUCAUGGAGAUCUAUACAUCGUGGAGAGUGACACCCACCACAUCAAUCGGGUCAGGGUUGUCACCACAGACGGUCGCAUCCACCAUUUUGCUGGUGCCAAGUCAAAGUGCGACUGCAAGCAGACAGACAGAUGUAAAUGCUAUGAUCAGCGGGAACUAUUGGCAGCCCAGGCAUUGUUCAGCUAUCCUACUUCAAUUACAGUUACACCUGAUGGCGUUUUACACUUGGCAGACAUGGGCAACUUGCGUGUCUUUUCCAUUGUUUCUCAAUUACCCACCUUGCAGUCUCGACACUUUGAAGUAGUCUCCCCUGAAACACAGGAAAUCUACGUGUUUAACUAUUAUGGCCAACACAAGCACACCAUCAACAUUCUAACCAACCAGUAUAUGUACAACUUUACAUAUAACGUCUUCUCUCCUUAUGGACGGCUGGUAGCUGUAGAAGAUAGCGCAAGUAACAAGAUCCAGAUCAGGCGAGACUAUCAGUCACAGGUGAAAACCAUCAUAACGCCAAACAAUGCUUCUUGCAAUCUCAUUAUGGAUAAUCGGCGGCGCCUCUACUGCUUCCAAGCUCCAGACAACCUAGUCGCAACAUUUACCUACAUGGGGGACACAGAACUACUGGAAUCAAAGCACACUUCAGAUGGUCAGACUUUCAAGUAUGAAUAUGAUGACAUGGGUCGGCUGGAGAGAAUCUCACAACCUACUGGGGCCAUAACUGUGCUGCAGACAGACGUGAAUGCCACAGGUUCCAUUGUUCAUGUCACUACUGAUAGGAGCGAUGUGGUGGCCAUGGCCACCUAUGGGAGCGUGCAAUCAGUCAUGCAUGGUUCCACCCAAACCAAAGUUACAUACUUGCCUGAUGGAGCUGUUGUGGUGGUGUUUCCCAGCAACUUAACUGUUGCUAUAGAAACAGGUGGUCAUCCAAUCAUGGAGAACGAGCAUCGCAUGCAUUACAAACGCAAAGUGAUUGUUCCUGACUACUAUGUACAUCGACUGGAAUGGAGGUUCUACCUGAGGCGCAGGCAGUCCACCCGACAGACCCGCGUGAUAGAAAAGAUUGGGCACCGCAUGCGGGUAGGGGCGCUGUCUCGCCCAGCGAGAAUGCAUGACAGGCAUGAAGAAGGGAGCAAGGAAAAGGCCCUCUUGAUCAAUGGUGAAAACUUGCUUACUGUGGAAUACAAUCGUCUCACACAUGUAGAGACUGUUCUCGAUCAUGAUCUUCGUGAAAUCAUUACUGUUAUCUAUGAUGAUGCUGGCCUACCAACUCACUUCCUGCCAGCAUCUAACCAUCAUGCAAUGAAUGUGACAUACAGUCCACAAGGGGACAUUCUCACCUGGCAAUAUGGGGACCUUAUGGAGCAGCGUGAAUAUCUGGAUCAUGGCCGCAUCAAGGAACGAGUCUUGAAACCUGCUGGUGUCCAGUAUAGAUACUUCUACAGGCAUGGCUCCAAAAAGCCCACAGAUGUGUUUUUGCCCAGUGGCAAGCAGUAUCUGUUUCACCGUGAUGACAGUGGUCGCCUCAAAUCAGUACAAACUAUGGUGCUUGGUCAUCACCAUUUUCGCACUUUAAUGACUAUUGGACGACACCGACAGCUGUACACAGCACCAGGCAUGACACAGCCAUACAUCACUGAUUAUGACACUAAUGGCAAACUACUAGAGAUCACCUAUCCUAGCCAGCAGCGACACAUUGUUUUUCGCUACAACCAUAUCUUCCAGGUGUCAUUGAUCAUGUUUGACCAGACUCAGAUCCUGCAUGAGUAUCACCCUCUGGCCCACCGAUUAUCCACAGCAGAACUUAUGAGUGACACCUACGACUGCCGCCAGACAUACACCUACAUAAGUGCUCUCAUCAGCAAGACUGUUGUCACAUUUCCUCGUGAUCCACACCUACUCACUGCACGCAUGAGCUUUGAGUAUGACAACAAUUUUCGCCUGACUUCAUCCACACUGCUUCUUUCAAAUAAUAUGAGCUUGUCCUACAACAUGUCCUACCAUGAGAAACUGGAAAACUCGACAUUGACAACAGCAUUCGCUUCAUGCUGCAGAUCAACUAUGACCAGACAGGCCGCAUCCACCAAGUGGCGACGGAGGAUUGGUCAGACAGAUUCACAAGCUGUGGAAUAUAUCUAUGAUAUUGACAACCACUUGACUGAUGUUCUUUUAGAGGGACAAAAUGUUUGGACAUAUUCCUAUGAUCCCAACGGCAACAUCAAGAAGGUAUCAGAGGAUGGCAAGACACGCCACAUGGACUUUGAUGUAGGUGACAAGAUCACAAUGUUCGGGGAACUUUCCUACAAGUACGACGAUGAUGGACUAAUGGCACAGCGAGGCAUGGAUCACGUUGCUUUCAAUCCUUUCGGUCAGCUGGUCACAGUAGCACAGACAGGAUACUACAAGUUUUCCUAUCAGUAUUACAUCAAUGGGCGACUAGCAGUACAGAAGGAUCAGUGGGGCCGGAUCAUGCAGUUCUUUUACGGUAACCCUCAAAAUGAUGAGCUGAUCACACACACCUACAAUCAAACCACAGGGGAGGCCUCACUCUUCCUCUAUGAUGCAGAAGGUGUUCUCAUUGCCAUGCAGAGAUCAGGAAAGAUGUACUACAUAGCCAGCGACCCUAGUCAUACCCCUCUUGUUAUCUAUGAUGAGAGGGGCUAUGUAGUGAAACUGCAGCUACACCCACUUGGACUUCGCAUCACAGAUUCAAACCCCAACUUCGACUUGCCAUUUGGAUUCCAAGGUUCAGUGUACAAUGACCUAACACAGCUGGCAUUCCUGAAAAACAGAGUUUAUGACACUCAUAAUGGCCGUUUUCUAACCCCAGAUUAUGUUGGGGCCUUUGACAAGCUGAACGUUGUGGUUGAGGAUCCAGAGGUGUUGAAUCUCUAUCAGUACCGGUCCAUUGUUAAUCUGCACCUCAAACAAGUGCAGAAGCCUCGAAUGGACUUGGCAGAGUGGCUGACAGCUCUGGGUUAUGACAUUAGCAGCAUUGCACCAGAUGUAUCAUACACUGGAGACGUGAACCCAAAGUCUCCUGGCACCCAGCACCAGCUUUUGAGCUCAUCAUCUGCAUUUGAGUGUACCUUCCAACGUGACAUGCACAACCUUCUGAUGAUGUCUACAGUACCCAGAUCUAAAGUAACGCCACUUCAUCACCUCCCCAAAGAGACAGCUGCCCCUCAUGAGCCCAUCUUCGAUGCAGGAGUGACUGUGUCCUAUAUAGAUGGAAAAGCUUUCAUCAAUAUAGCAGACAUUGCUCAAGAUUGGGCAAAGAACCUGGCCACAAUCCUCCUGAAUGGCUCCAACAUUAUAGACCUGACUUUCACUAUUAGCGGAAAGGACGUUCACUACUUUGUCCGCAACGACCCUGAACAAGCUGAUCGAGACUUGCGGUCUCUGGGCAUUCACAGCACUUUGGUCACGUAUGAAAAUGGCGUCAAUGUAUCAGUUCACCGUAGUCAGCAUGGUCGUCGCAGUGAAGUUGAUGUCAGGGUUCACUCUAACCACACCAUCAUCAACGUUCGCUAUGGGACUAACAUUGAUCAUGAGCGGAAGAGAAUUCUGCACCAUGCGUAUGAGCGUGCUGUGAAGCAUGCCUGGCAGAGGGAGAAGCAUCUGCUGCAGCAUUCGCUCCCUUCGUAUCACACCUGGUCUUCAAGUGAAAUCAAAGAGCUGGCGAUGCUAGGACAGGUGACAGGUUAUGUGGGUCAGUACAUCCUUACACCUGACCAGUACCCAGAGCUGGCUGACGACUGCAAUAACAUUCGAUUUGUCAAAGAGUCUAGGUAGCACUAAGCCUGCUGACACACAAGUAAAACCCCUGGCUUUAUCAUUCUGCUACUUACAGAUUGAACUUUGUUAAAAGUUGAAUGGCUAGCUGAGCAAAUUUCACAGUUACAUGAUCCAAAAACAUAUUUCCCCCAGAUUAACUUGAUUGUUUGAUAUUUUUUUCGUGGAUUGCAGUCAGAGGAAAUGAACUUGUUAGGAAGAAGCAAGACAAUUCUCAAGACACUUUGUUGCAUUGUCACUUGAGUGGUGUCCCUUACCCAAACUUGGCAAAAUUAAGUGAAGUAGGAUGUAUCUUUGAAGCCUACACUAUGGACUUGUUGAGGUGGUGGACCUUGAGUUACAUUGGACAAUCAAGAACUGGUAAUGGAUUUAUUUGAAGGUAUCUUCAAAAUGUCUCUCAACCUAGUGUACACUUGAGCAGAGCUCCUCUCGUCAAAGUGUAAAACGUUACCUUUACCCCUUUACAUAAUAGCUGGAAAUGCUAUUCUCUUUGGAUUGUUUUGACUAAACAUGUGAAAACUCUCGACCAUCUUGGUAAAUACCAUAUAUCAUAUAGAACAAGAAACAAACUGACACUGGUUUUAUUUCAUGGAGGCUUGUACAUGCUGAUAAAAGAUGACAAGCACUUCACUAUCAUACCAUUCAGCAUCAGACCUUAGCUGAGGUCAAGACCGCUCACUAAAUCAUUGCAUUGCAUCUAUGAUUGACUUCUUUCAAGUUUCUCAUAACCUGGUCCAUUCAUUUAACUUCAUGAGUUUUGGGGUUUUCUUCAGAUUCUUCAUCUCUUUACCCUCUGACAGAACAUUCCAUACCAAGAUGGACAGCAUGGUCUGAUUUUGUUAGCAGCAAAGUCUGAUGGAAGGGGUGUGGUAAAAUAUGUUUUAUUUCAUUUAUGCACUCUUUGCCUCCAAAAGCCUGGAGUUAUGAGUGAUUGGCAAUGGGGCAAGGUGCCACAGACUGUACUGUAACCCUCAUCUUUUUGAUUUUAUUUCUAAAAACCCUUAAAAAAGCAUUUCGUUGUCCUGAGUAGGAAGCAUACAUGCGUUACAUUCAUGAUGUAACUAACUAAAUAUUGCUUAUCCUCCAUUAGGGUGUCUUCUUGAUCCUCUCCGCUUAAGUUGUAAUGGUUGCUAAGGGCUGGAGAAGUAAAAUGACAGGAAAAAAUGCCAAGCCAGUUUAUUUUGGUUUUUUUUUUUUUUUUUAAGCUCGACAUAUGACUUUCAUCAUCAAAAGUCUCAUUCAAAAGCUAGAACAUAUAGGAAAUAUUUGGUAAGCCAUAAAAUAUAAGAUGAGGCAAGUUAGGCCAAUGUGUAACUAUCAGUUAUUUCUCUUAAUGUGUCUUCUCACUUGUAAAACUUAAUACAAUUUUGUGUGGACAAUUGCAAAGUGCGAAUGCUUGAGUACAAUGUCACAUGUCAGUUGGUGUUGACUAUGCAUAAUCAUGACGUGGACUGUUUCUUUUUUGCCAGAGUGACUGCCAUUCCCUAAAAGGCAGACCAUUUUACUGAGGAAAAGUCACACAUUUACUGUAGAAUUAUUGUUAGCUAAUGUUCCUCAGUGCAUGUGCAAUCUCAAGUUUUGCUCACAAGCUAAUUGUGAGAGCAAACAUUGUGUGCAAUCUUACACAUUUUUGAGGAUGAAGUAUUCUUCAUGCCAGCUCCUUUUUAUCAUAAUGCUUUGAAAACAGAGUUAUGCAUCAUGUAAACUGAUGGACAAAGCAUUCAAAGGAAGAACAUUCAUUAAGUUGACAGUGACUGUCACAUGUCGUGUAACACUUAGGACCUGGAGAACUUUGUGGAGUGGAAACAAUUUGUUCAAUGGAUUGGAGGCUUCAUAAAAACUUUUGUCUGGAUGCAAGGUGUUUUGCAGACAUACCAAUGUUUGUCAAAGGUCUGAUUUAUCAAAAUGUUUAACUUUCCAUGUUUGUGCAGACAUUUUUUUUAUUUUUGUGACUGGCUUAACACUGUGUGUAAACUCGUCAACACAAGUGACAAUGCCUCUAUGGAAGUCAUAGGAAAAUGUCAUUGACGCCAUUAAAACAAUUACAGAUUGGCAUAUUCCUUUCCAACUGUUUAGUGUGUUCAACAUUUCUGGUAACACAGAUUAUAUUUAGCAUUAUUUCUUCAGUGGUUUAGCUCAACCAUGUCCCAUUCUGGGUGUAUUGUUUUCUUUGUGCAAUGGCUGGUCUGAUGACCCAUGUGCAUGUGGCAUCAUUCUUUUAAUGUGCUCUUGCAUAGGUGGUCCUGCGGGAUUGAUUCCAGUCAACUGGAGGACACUGCUGGUGCUAUUUGCUUUCCUCGAUGGCUUUACUUGUACUUGUUGAGCAGGCAAAAGUGUGAUGCAGACAGCAAUCAAACUCAUCAGGGUUUUUUUGAUUUUUUGAAGGGUUAAGUAAUCUCAGAUUUUAUAAGCAAGGAUUAAAUUUGCUUUUUUUUCUGAGAUGCAAAUUUAUGCUGAGGAAAAUAAAAAACGUGAAAUAGCUUUACCAAAGAAACAGGGCUAUAUCAAAAUGGAAGCAAAGUAUGCUGCACUUCAUUUUUUUUGUGUUGUGUGGUGCUGUCACAGUGACUCCCUGUUUAAACGACCCAAUCAGAACAUACCCUGUGGCAUUCCCAUUUCCUAGUGUUCAACAGAUCUGAGGCUGGGGGAUCAGUCACAUGUCUAUAUCUUAGGAGAGCACAAUGGAGAAGAUGCUUUGGAAAAGAGAUGUGUUGUAAAGAGAUACUUUAUAACUAAGGCAAGUUGAGAUUAAAGAAGGCUAGCACCUUUCUCUACGCAGAUACAGAGUCUAAAGUAAGGUAAUGCCCUAACAUCACAUAAAUCCCCAAACUUUGUGUUGCUGUUCAUAUGCGAUGUCAGAUCAUAGUCAUUCCAGCUCUCCAGCCUCAACUUUCUGAGUUUAGUAAGAUUCUUCUUACAAAUUUACGACUAAUAUGAGGUUCUGGUCUUAAUGCUGUUUUUCACAGAUGGCUUCCUCCUAUAAUUUGUGUGAAAAACAUUUUGGGGGUUUUGUAUUGCUAGUAGUGCCAUUAAUGUUAGGCUGGGACAACCAUCUUUUGGUGGCCAUUUCAUCACAGCAGUUUUUCAUAGGUCAUUCCUUGAGAUAACGUGAAUCAGAGGCUCAUUGUGGUGUUACAUAUGUUAAGUAGAUAUAUUGUCCUGUGACAAUCAGUGGACAAAGUGUCUUUUCAUUGCACAAAUUUAAGACAGGUUUUGGUGAAAACACAUCUGCAGUAACAAUACGUAUACUGUACAUGAGAUAAAAGAGGCUCGUGUUGGCCCAUUGGAUCCAUUAAAAUGUUACUGCUUUGGUUUUCUUGUGCAUAUAACUGUUUUCCUGUUUUGAAGUUUCAUCUUUUUGAGACUUUGUACUGUGAGGGACUUUGUACGUUGGUUUGCAAAAGAGCAUGAGUGCAUGGAAGAAUAAGUGUAAUUUUUUUUUUUUAAUUGAUCAAAACUUGACAUGCAGGGUCGAGUUGAAAGAGUGGGCAGACAUUCAGAAUCAGCUUGUUGACAUUCAUGUGAAGAAUUUUGAUUGAAUUCUCAUUCUGUCAUACUCUAACAAGCUUAGGGCUUUGUCUCAUCAAACAUUAUGAUUCACCUUUGGAAGUUUUUGUUCCUUUUAACAUAUCACAUGUACCAUACAGAUGUUGGGCCAGUUGGUGACUGCCUCAUAUUCAACACUGUGUUCAAAUUUAGUUACAUCUCAUUGUGUUUUUUUAAGUACAAGUUAUUUGCUUUUUUUUUUUUUAACCAAGACAGUCCUCUAAGCUAGCAUAGUGCAAACAUUGGUACAUACACUUUUUAAAAAACUAGAUGAUCCAGCAGUAUUUUUUUCUUGCCUGUUUUGGAAAAAAAAUAUUUGUUUAUCAAGAAGCAUAAUUUCUUUGGUUCAUGUGAACAUAAAGAUUACUGUGCCAAAUAGCACAUAAUAAGAAAUAUUUCUUUCUCCUUCAGAUUGCAAUAUUCUUUUCAGUAAACUUCUUUACUGUCAUAGAAACAACUGCCUUUCUUAUGUUUUGACUUUCAAGUCCCGAAUAUAUCUUUAUAUCAUUCAUGAGAUCUGUACUGUUCAAAAUGCUUUCGAGUCAAACAUAGCUUUAUUUGUGGUUCAAAGUGACAAACAUUAAUGCAAGUCAGUUUUGACGUUACAAAAUAGUCUGUGCCAAAUAGGUCUCAUUUAGGCAUCAUCUAUUUAUUUCAUAUUCCGCUCACUUGAUUUUUCCAUCUGUACAUUUUCUGCACACACUGCAAAGUCAUCUGGCUUAUUCUGUGUGAUCACUUUGUCGAUAGGUUUUGCAGGAUUUAUUUUGGGUUUUUUCCCCUAUUAUACCAAUACUGUUUUGACAUUUAUGUCUACCAAGUUUUAAAAAAUGAUGAUAUUACACUUGGAAUUGUGUAUAUAUUGUAUAGACUAAUUACAGAUUGACUCAGUUUUGUCUGUGUAUUGUAAAUGUUCUGGAGUACUGUAGUGGUGGUCUCUGCAUGUUGACUGUGGGCUCAGAUGUUGUGCCCGUAUGCAAAAGAUCUCUGAAUCGCUGAAACAGAGAUUAUGUUUGUAUUAGAAGACCACCUGAAAAAUCAACCCGCUGCUGGGUUGAGAGACGAUGAUCGAAAGUUAAGGCAGACCUCUAUAAUGAAGAGGAAGCCAUGGUGUACAACUGUCCCACGUUUCCUGUCCUGUCCUCUCAAUGCAGACAUUUUUAAACUAAAAAUGAAGAAAAGAACAACUUUAGGAUUUGAUGCGAAGACUCACUGUGCUGACUAGAUUCACCAUAUUUAAGAUGUUUCUUUUUAUGCAUCUAAAUUGUAAAAGUUGUUUCCUGUUUGACUUUAAAAGAGUUGUUUAAAGAUAGCAAAACUUGCAAAUUUUCCAAGGUAUGUAAAUAGUUCUAGUUCUCUCACUUUCUCGGUGAGAAAUCAAAACUUUUUAUCUCAAGGAAGCAGUCUGGGGAAGUUGCAGAUGCGGAAAUGGGCCAAAACUGGGAUUGAAAUGAAAUGAUUAUGAUGGUUGCAGGAGAAUAAGGCAGUCUUUUGGGGAGAAAUAAUUUUACAGUACCACUUUGCAAUUCAUCACGUUCUAAAGAUGCUGUUUUGUUGCAGGCAACCUUACGCAUUUUGUGUGCUUUUAUGUUGCAGAUGUGGUUCAUCACAAGAUCUGUACAAAAUGCAAUAUUUAUCAAUGAAUGCAACAUGUACUUUUUUGUAUAUCAAAAAAAUAAUAAAAUUGAUGAGAAUUGC